AAUUCUUCUGUUAUGUUUGAGUCCAAUCUUCAAAUUUGGAGAAGAUGAUACAAAAUCUCUGACAUGAGAAUUCCUUGUGCAACUGUGUUUAGCCUCUAAUCUCAUGCUCUGCAAAUUCCAUUACAAAAAGCAGCUUCCUUUCCCUCCAAUUGCUUAUUCAUUUGCCACUCAGUGCACCUACUCAUGGACCAAAUUUCCUGAUGAAACCCACUUAAGGGAUCCUCGCACUGUUCAUUUAUUUUGUGCCAACGCCCUCAAAGUCUCCGCCAAAUGGGCCCUUUUUCCUGAAGGAAAACAGUUGCAUGCCCAUUUGAUAAAGUUUGGAUUUUGCCAUGUUCUGUCCCUGCAAAAUCAGAUUUUGAGUGUUUAUCUUAAGUGUAAAGAAACUAAAGAUGCACAGAAACUGUUUGAGGAAUUGCCCGUUAGAAAUGUGGUUUCGUGGAACAUUAUAAUUCGGGGCAUUCUUGGAUGUGGCAAUGCAGUUGAAAAUGACUCGAAUCAACAACUCUGUUUUUCUUAUUUCAAAAGGAUGUUGUUGGAAACGGUAGUUCCGGACAGUAACACUUUGAAUGGUCUCAUUGGUGUUUGUAUAAAGUUUCGUGAUAUUGACUUGGGUUUCCAGUUGCAUUGUCUUGCAGUGAAACUGAGACUUGAUUUGGAUUGUUUUGUUGGAAGUGUUCUUAUUGAUUUAUAUGCUAAAUGUGGCUUGGUUAAGAACGCAAGGAUGGUUUUUCAUGUUGUUCCUCAAAGAGAUUCGGUUAUGUGGAAUGUGAUGAUUUCAUGCUAUGCCUUGAAUCGUUCACCGGAAGAGGCUCUGGGAAUGUUCAACUUGAUGCGAUCAGAUGGUGGAAAUGGAGAUGAGUUCACUUUUAGCAGUAUGCUCAGUGUAUGUGAUACAUUGGACUAUUAUGAUUUUGGAAGGCAGCUUCAUGGACACAUUCUGAAACAAUCAUUCGAUUCUGAUGUGUUAGUAGCUACUGCAUUGAUUAACACGUAUGCGAAAAAUGAAAAUAUAACUGACGCACACAAAACAUUUGAUAGGAUGGUGAUAAGAAAUGUUGUGGCUUGGAACACCAUUAUCGUUGGGUGUGGGAAUUGUGGAGAAGGGAAUGAGGUUAUGAAGCUUCUGAAAGAGAUGCUUCACGAAGGGUUUUCCCCUGAUGAACUAACUAUUUCCAGCACUAUUAGUUCAUGUGGCUAUGCUUGUGCCAUUACUGAAACAAUGAUAAUCCAUGCUUUUGCAGUUAAAUCCUCAUUUCAAGAAUUUGUAUCUGUUGUUAAUUCUCUGAUUAGUGCGUACUCCAAGUGUGGUAGCAUAACUAAUGCAUGUCAAUGCUUCAGAUUAGCUGCAGAACCUGAUCUUGUUACGUGGAGUUCAUUGAUAAGUGCAUAUGCAUUCCAUGGUCUAGCCAAAGAAGCAACUGAAACAUUUCAGAAGAUGCUAUCUUGUGGAGUAAUUCCGGAUCAAAUUUCUUUUCUUGGUGUUCUCUCCGCUUGUUCUCAUUCUGGGCUUGUGGCUAAGGGGCUUCACUACUUUAACUUGAUGACCAGAGUGUAUCAGAUUGUUCCUGAAUCAGGGCAUUAUACCUGCCUAGUUGAUCUUCUUGGAAGAUAUGGUCUUAUAAAUGAGGCUUUUGAAUUCUUAAGGUCACUGCCAAUGGAAGCUGAAUCGAAUACAUUGGGAGCAUUUAUAGGAUCCUGCAAUGUCCACGCAAAUAUAGAACUGGCUAAAUGGGCUGCAGAAAAGCUCUUCAUCAUAGAACCAGAGAAGAAUGUGAACUAUGCAGUCAUGUCUAACAUUUAUGCUUCCCAUAGACAUUGGUGUGAUGUAGAAAGAGUUCGUGGAAUGAUGAGGAACAAGGGUGAUGCAAGAGACCCUGGUUGCAGCUGGAUUGAAAUUGGUAAUCGAGUUCAUUCGUUUGUAUCAAAUAAUAAGACACACCCUAAAGCCUUAGAAAUGUAUGCUACAUUGAAAAUGCUACUUUGGCCAAUGAAGGAAAAAAGUGGUAUGAAUUUGUGAAGGAUACAUCAGUCGGUGAUCUACAUAAUGAUUGUUGAAGUGUUAGGGUUCAGGUUCGAUCGGAUCA